UCAGCGAGGGGCAAUAUGAUCUCAGCUAGUUAGCCGAGCUGCUAACAGUGUAGUGUCAGCUGAUGUCCGUCCGCGCUCGUUCCAGAGUACGUCACACACCCAGCUGUGACCACAAAUGAUCGCUGUUAAUGUUUGCUGAUCUUCAGCAUCAUCAACCAAAUAUAGCCAAAGGUUACUGCAGGGAUUGAAGUGUUGCAGGAGUUAAUAGUGGCUAACUGGUUAGCACCUGAGGCUACUAUACCUGCCAGUGAAUGACAGCGAGCUGCUGGCCCGACGCGCCUGUCAUCUUAUGGAUACAUUUAGUCACUGGUUCACAAUAUUAUUAACACUAACGUUAUAUAUAUAGUGGCAGAGUGACCUGUUCUUUGUUAUAAACAGUGAACAGUAUUUUGGUUAUAAAAGUUUGCGCUUAGGACAUUUGUUUUAUGUUUGCACAGUGUGCAGUGAUUAAAAAAAUGGAAGGAAAUAUAAGUAUUUUAAUUAUUUCAAUUUUCUAAGCUCUCUUCUUAUAUAAAUCUCUUUGACAUUAAGACUGAGAGAGUAAUUGAGUGGCUUUUGUUUGUGGGACAAACUUUAAUAUUACAUUUUUAUUUCACAUAGUAUUUGCAUUAAUUCCUUUUAAUCAAAAUCAUAACAGAGCACAAAGAUGAAAAGAAAAUUGAAAUAAACUAUUUUUACUCCUGUUGUUCAAAACCUGUAUGGCUUUCAUUUUCUUUGUCCAGGCAGAAUGACAGCUUCAAUCGCCAUUCAUUUUCACUGUAUGACAAAUAUGCAAUGAUAGUGAAUGGUGAGGCUGUCAUUCUGAUAAACAUCUCUUUUUUCCCCCAGUGAAGGACGAGUUAUGCGGGUUUGAAUCGAAUAAUGACAUAUUAAUAGUUUUAAUUCUCAAAACGAUAAACUUCAUUCCUCUUUUGUGCUCUAACUCUGACAAAACAUUAAAUCAAGUUGUUGUUGUUUUUUCUUCUCCUGUUUCUCGUGUCCGAACUGAUGACGAGAUGAAAAUGGCGGAUCUUUCGAAAUCCAACCCGGCCUGAAAUAGACAAGCAGCGCGUGUUAAACUCCCUAUAACAGGACUCAAUUCAAGAGGCAAACGUCCCAGUCUACAGUAACUCUCAUGCUGCGCACUAUGUCUUGUAAAUAUCGAUAUUUCCAUGGCAACAGAAUAGACAGGAAAGCAGGCGCGUCGAAUAUCAACAAACUCCAUCUGAUGUGAAACUGACAGUCUUUCACUGAAUUAACAGUUGAGUGUGUUUUCAUUAUCUUUGUACACGAUGGAUGUGGUGUCGCCUGAGCUCAACAGCCUCCUGCCUGAUGAGAUUAUGGAUACGGAAGCUAUCGCGAUGGAAGAGGAACUCCCCGCUGAUCACCUUGCUCUUCCUCCUCCCCAAUCUGAACCAGAGCCAGCGCAGGUUCCUAUGGAAACAGAGGUGCCUGAAAUCGUCAGCCUGUGUCCAGCCACCACGUCUAUGCAGAUGAGCUCCACCUCCACUGAUGCUCAGUGUAGCACCAGCACAGGAACUCAACUCCUCCUUGCCCCCUCCGGCCUCAUGGCUGGCACCACCACAACCACCACCACCCCUGCCAAAACCACCAGUUCUGCGGUGACUCAAAACCUUCCCAAAAUCUCCAGUGUUACUGUCCCAGCCAACCACCAGCUCAUCAUCAACAAAGUGGCCAGUUCCCCUGCUGCAGAUGGCAAACCUCCAGGCUCUGCUGUGCUCAAGCCAGAGGGCCAAAAACUCUUGGUUGCUGGCCUCAGUAAAACAGGGCAGCCCAUUAUGUUGGCUCUGCCCCACACUUGGAACAAGCCCGCCACUACCCAGGGCGCAGGGGAUGCCAAGGCCCAGCCGACGCAGAUCAAAAUGGUGACUGCAGUAGGGAAGCCUGUGAUAGCUGUGAGCUCAGCCAGUCAGCUGAUGGGCUCCUCCACAACACUGCAGGCCCAGCAGCUGAAGACACUUCAGAUCACAAAGAAACCACCAGUAUCUACGGCUGGACCAAUGAUUACAAAGCUCAUCAUCACAAAGGCCCUGAACAAUAAAGGACUGGCCAGCCCAGCUUCAGUGGCUCCUGUAGUUACUGGGCGAGUUGUUACCCAGAGUACCCCGGUGACACCUCCACGCACCAUUGCCAUUGGCGAGACCGUCAGCACUGUGCCACAGAAUACAUCUGGUAACAGCAAAGUCGCCAUCUCGCCUCUCAAGUCUCCCAGCAAGGUCUCAAAUCUUUUAAAACUGACUGUGGUUUCGGUGGCCAGUCAGUCUCCAAACUCACCCCAGAAGUCUGUGACGCUGCCGCUCAAUGUGGCUCUAGGCCAGCAGAUCCUCACUGUUCAACAGUCUGCCGCCACUUCUCCAGCUAAAGCAGGAACCAGCCAGUCCGCCGCACAGGCUGUAAAGCCAGUGCAGACGGUUACGGUGGGAGGGGUGGGAACAUCCCAGUUUAAGACCAUCAUCCCCCUCACCACACCUCCCAACGUGCAGCAGAUCCAGGUGCCGGGCAGUCGCUUCCAUUAUGUGCGGCUGGUAACGGCCACCACCGGCAGCAGCACCGCACAGACGGGCGCCAGCACCAACACCAACCCUUCCAUCCAACCAGCCAAGCCUGUGAUGAUGAAUGCUGCGGUGCGGAUGUCUGUACCCAUCGUCCCAGCACAGACCGUGAAACAGGUUGUACCCAAACCCUUGACGUCAGCAGCUCAGGUGGUGACCACCAGUCAGACCCCCCAGCGUCUCAUCAUGCCAGCCACACAUCUGCCACAGAUCCAGCCUAACCUCACCAACCUGCCGCCUGGCACUGUGCUCGCCCCCGCCCACGGCUCUGGAAACAUGGGCUACGCUGUGUUGCCAGCCCCAUACGUUACGCAGCUCCCCCAGCCUGCAUUUGUGACUUUGACCAGCAGCUCCACCUUCUCAACAGCCACUCCCAUACAGACUCAAGCCAGGCUUUCACUCAAUGGUUUAUCAACAUCUGAAGCAACUUCAAGGCCGAGAAAACCCUGCAACUGCACACGGUCACAGUGUCUGAAAUUGUAUUGUGAUUGCUUUGCCAAUGGGGAGUUCUGUAAUAACUGUAACUGUGUUAACUGCUUCAACAACCUUGAUCAUGAGAGUGAAAGACUGAAGGCCAUCAAGGCGUGUUUAGACAGAAACCCUGUAGCUUUUAAGCCCAAGAUUGGUAAAGGCAAAGAAGGAGAGUCGGACAGGAGACACAGCAAAGGCUGCAAUUGUAAGAAAUCUGGCUGUCUGAAAAACUACUGCGAGUGUUAUGAGGCAAAGAUCAUGUGUUCGUCCAUCUGCAAAUGUAUGGGCUGCAAGAACUUUGAGGAGAGUCCUGAGAGGAAGACGCUGAUGCACCUGGCCGACGCUGCAGAGGUGCGGGUCCAGCAGCAAACUGCAGCCAAAACCAAGCUUUCCUCACAGAUCUCAGAUCUGCUCACCAGAACCACACCAGCCAUCACUAGUGGAGGCGGAAAGUUGCCAUACACAUUCGUAACAAAGGAAGUGGCUGAAGCGACAUGUGACUGUUUGCUGGAGCAGGCCGAGCAGGCGGAACUGGCCAACCAGCCUCAGGCCGUGGCAGAGCGCCUCAUUCUGGAGGAGUUUGGGCGCUGCCUCAGGAGAAUCAUCAGUUUUGCUGGCAAAGCCAAGACAGACUGUCCCAUCAACUGCUAGACCUGGGCCUGGCAAAGCCAUGACUGAGAGCCCUUCCGCCCGUUUGGGCCCUGCGGCCCAUUGUGCUGCUGAACCUAGAGUCGGGGCCCACUGAGGGCACUUCUGUCGGCCCCUCAUAUGGACACACAGGGCCUUCUAAUAAAGAGAGACAAAGAAGAACUUUCCAUUGGCCUCUGAAAUCUAUUGCGUGACCGUUACGCCGGAGGACGCACUUUUCUGUAGGAGGACUACAGUACUUCAUUGUAGCCGCUGCAAGUGGACUUGCACUGUUUGCUUUCCUGGAAGGGGGUUUAUUUUAGAACAUUCGAUACAAUUUUAAGGUAGUUUGUUUUGUUUGGCAACGUUUUCCACUUUUAAAUGUGUAAUCAUGGUAUUUCUUUGUCUUUUAAAACUGGAUUUUCAUAUUACCAUU